AUGAUAAAUACCCUCAAGGAUAAGGCGAAACAGCCGCUGGUGGUGUUUCAUGCCACCCCGGGUGGGUCCCGGAUGGUCGAAGAAGAUCAGCAGCAGCAGCAGCAGCAGCAGCAGCAGCAGGACGGCCUGCCCAGGGGGCGGAUCGCUGUGAUCGGAAUGGGUGGACGCGGGCCAGACAGCAGCGCCAACGACGGCCUCGACCAGUUCUGGGAAAUAAUCCGCGAGGGCCGCGACGUGGCCCGCAAGAUUCCCGAGGAACGAUUCAAUGCCGACGGCCUCUUCCAAACCGAAGCGGCGGGGGCGGGGUUGUCGUCGUCGUCGUCGUCGUCGUCAUCAUCAUCAUCACUAUGCCGGUCGUCGACCGACUACGGUUGCUUCCUCCGGGACCCGGGCCACUUCGACUCUCGCUAUUUUCGGUUGUCACCCCGGGAGGCAUCGCUGCUGGACCCCUGCAGCCGGCUGUUCCUGAUGGCGGCGUGCGAGGCGGUCGAGAUGUCGGGAUACUCGGACGGACGCAGCCGCAGCGUGCACCCGGGGCGCAUCGGCGUGGUCUACGGGCAGAGCAACGAGGACGGCUACAUGACGACGCACCACGAGCGCGGCUGCGACGCCUACACGCUGCAGACGGUCCAGCGCGCCUUUGCCCCGGGCCGCGUGGCGCACCACUUUGGCUGGGAGGGCCCGACCUGGUCCGUCGACUCGGCGUGCUCGACCUCGUCGUCCAUCCUGCACCUGGCCACCGGCAUGUUGGCUGCGGGCGAGGUCGACAUGGUGGUGGCCGGCGCCUCCAACGUGAUAUCCAGCCCUCACGGCUGGUGCGCCCUCUCCAAAUCGGGCGUCCUGUCCGCCACCGGCAACUGCAAGCCGUUCCGCGACGACGCCGACGGGUACUGCCGCGGCGAGUUCGUCGGCGCCGUCGUUCUCAAGCGUCUCGAGGACGCCGUGGCCCACCACGAUCAGGUGCUCGCCGUCAUCGCCGCCACGGGCAAGAACCAGUCGGGCAACGCCGCAUCCAUCACCACCCCCGACGCCGGCGCCCAGGAGCGACUGUUCAGGCGGGUGCUUCGGACCGCCGGCGUCGCCCCCACCGAUAUUUCCUACGUCGAGGCCCACGGCACAGGCACGCCCGUCGGUGAUCCCUGUGAGAUGACCGCCAUAGCAGGCGCACUGGCGAGGCCUGGGUCCAGGGGCAAGGGCAAGGGCAAGGGCAAGGGCAAGGGCAAGGGCAAGGGCAAGGGCAAGGGCAAGGGCAAGGGCAAGGGCAAGGGCAUGGGCAAGGGCGAAGAGGAACGGUUGGUGGUGGGAGCGGUCAAGGCAAAUAUUGGCCACAGUGAGGCGGCGUCGGGCAUCGCGUCGCUUAUAAAAGGGGUCUUUAUGUUUCGACACCAGCUCGUGCCGCCCCAGGCUGGCAUGCCGCAUACUCUCAACCCGAGACUGUUGCCGCUGCUGGACCAGGCGGGCAUCGUGAUCCCGUCCUCCACUCGGUUGGGCGCAUUCGAAUCAGCGCCAGGCCGGCCGAGGCGGAUUCUCAUUAACAAUGUUGACGCUGCUGGUGGCAACGCAUGUUUCCUGCUGGAAGACCCCGCCGGCGUCCUCCCCAAACGCACCACCCCACCAACAGCCCUCACAACCCUCACAAACAUCACAAACAUCACAAACAUCACAAACCCACAGGAUUCCCCAUACCACGUAGUCACGGUCAGCGCGCGGACCGAGGCCUCGUUCCACAAGAACAAGCGUCGGCUCGUCGACUGGCUCGAGACGAAUCCCAACGUCCGACUCGCCGAUUUGGCUUAUACGACAACGGCUCGAAGGACCCACCACUCCCCAUUCCGUUUCGCCUGUGCCGCAUCGUCGAUCAAAGAAGUCGUCGGCUCCCUCGUGGCGGAUAUGGCUGCUACUCAAAUAGAAAGCGCAAAAGCUUGCGACACCGCCGUUGCCUCCAGAUCAACCACCCCCAAGGCGAGACCCGUGGUCUGGGUCUUUUCCGGUCAGGGCUCCGAGUACCCAGACAUGGGCAGCGAGCUCUACCAGACCAGCCCGGUGUUCCGCGACACGGUCGACCGCUGCGUGCAUCUGUGUGCAAACCAAGGCUUCCCCUCGUUUUCCGACAUGAUGCUGUCCGACGGGGCAGGUGCAAAGCACGACAGCAGCGGCGUCGACAGGACCGUGAAGAAACACCUCGCCCUGGUGACGCUGGAGCUGGCCCUGGCUGCCUUUUGGCGCCACGCCGGUGUCGAGCCUUCCGUGGUCGUCGGCCACUCGCUAGGCGAGUACGCGGCCCUCCACGUCGCCGGCGUGCUCUCCCUCGCCGACGUGCUCCACCUCGUUGGGAACCGCGCGAGACGGCUGGCUGCAGUAUGCGAGCCCGGCGCCUGUGGCAUGCUGGCCGUUUCAGCCUCGGCCGACGCUGUCGGGGCGUUUUUGCACAGGCGACGGGGCGGCCUGCUUUCGUCGUGUUCCAUCGCCUGCAUCAAUGCACCAAACGCCGUCGUCGUGAGCGGCAGCGCGGCAGACCUCCUCGCCGCUCAGGAAGCCCUUGGCCAAAAGGGCAUCCGGUCCCAGCGGCUCGCCGUAGACUUUGGCUACCACUCGGCCCAGAUGGAUGCCGUAACCUCCGACCUUGAAAGGCUCACGGCGGCCGUGUCCUUUUCGGCGCCCAAGCUGGCGGUAGCCUCGACGAUGCUCGCGUCCGUCGUCAAGGCCUCGGACAAGAUUACCAUCAACGCCGAUUAUCUGGCUCUACAGACACGUCGUCCUGUAAACUUUGUCGGGGCGGUCCAGGCUGCAAACGCCAGCCUGGGAGGAACAGACAAGGCCAUCUGGCUCGAGAUGGGUCCCCGAGCCGUCUGUGCGUCGCUGGUCCGCUCCAUCCUCCCCGUCUCGGGGCGGGCGUCCACCCUCGUCCUGUCGACGCUGAACCACCACAAGCAAGCGUCUGGCUGGUGUUCUGUCUCCAGUUGCCUGGCUGACAUGUACGCAAACGGCGUCGAGAUCGACUGGCUGCGACUGUAUGCAUCGCGCCAGGGUCACCACGAUCUCCUGGUUACACUGCCGCUGUAUGCGUGGGAUCUUGAAGAUUACUGGGUCCGUUGGACCGAGAAAAAGCCGUCGCCAGAGGUUGCGUUUUACAAGACCCCGGGCGAGGAGUCGCAAACGAUGCAUUACACAUGUGCCCAACACCUGGACGAAAAGACCCCAACGCAUGUGACUUUGCGCUCCAGGCUGGCCCAUCCGGCUUUGAAGCAGAUCAUCGACGGUCAUCGGGUCCAAGGAGUGCCCGUCUGCCCGGGCUCGGUGUAUUGCGACGCGGCUCUGGCCGCAGCAGCCCACCUGCUCGGUGACGACGACCAGAGCAGCAAGGACAAGGGUCUGGGCCUUGCCAUCGUCGACAUGAAUCUCAUCCGCCCCCUGACCGAGAGCCUUGUGGGCUCGGACGGCGGGCUGUUGAUCAAAGCCACGAUUCAGAAAUCCUGCAUCGUGUCCGUGUCUUUCAAGGCGUCCCCCAUCGGGUCCUCGCCGCGAGCACGCCAAAUCUGCCUGGGCACAUGCACCGUCGCUAGGCAAGACCCAGUGGCUGUCCGAGCCGGCUGGGAACGCAACUCGUACUACAUCAAGUCCCGGAUCGACGCCAUCAGCCAGAGCGCCAAGAGUGGGCGCGGGCACUGGGUGCAGCCGGACCUCUUUUACUCGCUCCUGUCGCGCACCUUUGAGUAUCACCACGAGUGCUUCAAGGCCGUGGCGGAGGCGCACGUGGCGCAGGACUUUGGGGACGCCACGGCCCGCGUCGUGCUGUCCGAGGUUCCACGCGACACCCGCUACGUCUCGUCGCCGUACUGGGGCGAGGCGCUGGUCCACCUCGCCGGGUUCCUGGUCAACUGCCGUCCGGGCCGGCCGGCGUCGUCCAUCUCCAUCAUGCACGGCAUCGGUCGCAUCGAGCAGCUUGCUGCCCUGGAGGCCGGUGGGGAAUACACGACGUAUGCGCGCGUGUGCACCUCGAGCGGCCAAGAGUCCAACUGUGAUGUCUUUGUCUUUGAUGCCGCCGGCGACAUGAUCCUCGCCUGCCUCGACAUGUGUUUUCGCGAGAUGAGUACCGCCGUCAUGGCACAGGCGCUGGCUUAUUGUGACCAAGACCAAGGCCCCGUGCUUGCUGUUUCUGCCAGGGGAGCAAAUGAGGCCCCCGAGGCUUCCAUGCCAGCAGCUCACAAGAGCCUCUCAAAUCAAGCAACAAACAACAAUCCCGAGCCGAAGCGAGAGGGAAAGGAUAAGAAUGUCGUGAAUGCAAUUAUCCAGAGUAUUGCCACAGAAACCGGUUGCCCCGUUUCGCGACUCACAGACGACCAAAACCUCGCCGACCUUGGCGUAGACUCCAUCAUGGCCAUCCAGAUCACUUCUAGCGUCAUGGCCGAGACCGGGUACGACUUGGCUCCGAGCAUAUUUCUCGAAUGCCUCACCAUCAACCAUCUGCGGUCCCUGUUUAGUUCCAGUCCAGACACAAAGAGCCCUCCAAGUGAGGGCGGCGGCGAUGGCAGCAAUGACGAAGCGCCCGGUAUCUUCAGCCCACAGACUGGCUGCGAGUCGGGAGACCUCGUCGAUUCUUGGGACCGGCAGACAGUGCAAGCCAGUCCAGUUGAAGAAGCGCAGGCUGCGCGAGUCACGCUUUUACGAAAAUCCACAAAGCCAAGCAACAACAGCACACAAGCCACCCCGCGUCGGCUGUACCUGAUGGCCGACGGGUUUGGUUCCGUAUCGUCCUACAUCCACCUGGUAGGGCACAAAUUCUCGGCCGACCUCUACGGCAUCGACUCGCCCUACCUGCGGUGCCCAGAACAACUGACCACCGAGGUUCGCAUCCAAGACGUGGCCGGCCUCAUGGUCGACGCGCUCCUCCAGCACCAGCCCGUCGGGCCUUUCACGCUCGGCGGCUUCUCGGGCGGCGGGAUCCUCGCCUACGAGAUGUCGUGCCAGCUGACCGCCGCCGGCCACGAGGUCCAGGGCCUGCUCGUCAUCGACAUGCGCUGCCCGCUGCCGCCGCCCGGGGACCGGCUGCAGCUGGCUUGUUCGGACCGCGUCGUGCCGCCCGACAUUGUCCAGAACCUGACCAACCACACCUUUGCCCUGACGUCGGUCUGCUGGAACCCCGACUCGGACGCGGCGCGCCACCUCGUCAGGUUCCUGGACGCCGUGGGGAGGUACUGCCCCGCGGCCCCGGCGUCGCGCGAGGAGAGGCUUGAUGUGCCCGCGGCCGUGCUGUGGUGCGAGAGGGGCAUGGUCGGCCACCUCGCGCGACACCCGGACCUGCAGGCUCGCGUGGUCGAGCACGGCAUCCCGCUCGAGCCGUUCCCGGGCUUCAUGCAGGACGCAAAGCUCGGGCAUCUGCUGUGGAGCCUGCUCGACAAGACGCCUGCGGACCUGGGUCCCAACGGCUGGGAUGACUACGUCGGCGGCGUCGAGAAAGGUCGAGAGAUUUUGUGUCUCUCGGUGGCCGCAAAUCACCAGGAGAUCCUUCAGCCGGCCUUUGCUCGCAAAACCGCCGAGGCCAUUGAGAAAAGUUUGGUGUUUUUCUUGGAGCAUGCUAUGUAA